AUGGCUAUUGUUUUGGAAAGCGUAGCGAAGAGUUUGUGAAAAUGUUUUCUACUAACACCGGAAAAUUUAAUGCUGAAAAGGCGGAUGGCGAUGAUACGAAUGAGAUCGGAUAUCGACAAUCCCGGGAGAAUGAUCAAAUCGACCAGAAAUAUGGAUUCGAACGGGUGAAGGAUACACAAGAACGUACAGGCUAUCUCAUCAACAUACACUCGACGGAAAUACUAAAUGAAGAUCGCCGACUGGUAGCCGCAUUGGAUAUGUAUUUCUUGCAAAUGGACGGCAAUCGAUAUAAAACAACGGUAAUAUACGCGCCUUAUUUGCUGCUGAUUACACGCGAUGGAAAUUCUCUGGAAGUGGCAAAGUUUUUAGGUAAAAAGUAUUCUGGACAGCUGUUAAGCGUUGAGCACAUUCAAAAAGAAGACCUGGAUUUGCCGAACCACUUGAGCGGCUUAAAGCAGAACAUGCUGAAACUUAGCUUUCCCAACACGACUCAAAUGAAUAAGGUAAAGCGAGAUCUGUCCAGCGCGGUACGUAAGAAUCGAGAGCGCGAAAAGGCUAAUACAUAUUACAUGCAAAUGCUGAGUACGUCUCUAUCGACGGCAAUCUGUUAUGACGGCAUCGAGGCCGAAGGAAGUGGACCAAAUCAGAAUGUAGACUUUUACGAUUAUAUCGUUGAUAUACGGGAACAUGAUGUACCGUACCAUGUUCGAGUGUCAAUUGAUUUGAACAUAUUCUGUGGCACAUGGUACACCGUCCGCUGUCGUGGUGGCGAAGAACCUCCCGUCAUUACACCGCGUCCGGACAUUCUCGAUCGUCCUGAGCCGGUCAUUCUUGCGUUCGACAUAGAAACAACAAAGCUGCCGCUAAAGUUUCCAGACGCACAAACGGAUCAAAUCAUGAUGAUUUCCUACAUGAUAGACGGCCAAGGAUACCUGAUCACGAAUCGUGAGAUCAUUAGCGGUGAUGUGAACGAUUUUGAAUACACUCCCAAGCCGGAAUUUGAAGGCAACUUUAUCGUUUUCAACGAGCCUAACGAGCUGGGAUUGCUGCAAAAAUUUUUUGACCAUGUGCUAGAGGUGAAACCACAUAUCUUUGUAACGUACAACGGUGACUUCUUCGAUUGGCCUUUCGUUGAGGCGCGUGCAGCUGUCUACGAUUUGGACAUGAAGCGUGAGAUAGGCUUCUCGAAGGUAAAUGGGCGCGACGGAAAUUACCUUUGCCGACCUGCGAUGCAUCUUGACUGUCUGUGCUGGGUGAAGCGCGAUUCCUAUCUUCCCGUUGGCUCGCAAGGAUUGAAAGCUGUGGCAAAGAGUAAACUGCGCUAUGACCCAGUCGAACUGGAUCCCGAAGAAAUGUGCCGUAUGGCAGUAGAGCAACCCCAAGUGUUGGCAAAUUAUUCAGUCUCAGAUGCGGUGGCGACUUAUUAUCUAUAUAUGAAGUACGUUCAUCCAUUUAUUUUCGCCCUGGCAACGAUUAUUCCAAUGGAACCGGACGAAAUUCUGCGGAAAGGUUCGGGGACGCUUUGCGAAUCGUUGCUGAUGAAAGAAGCGUUCAAGGUGAACAUUGUAUUUCCUAACAAACAAGUGUCCGAGUUAAACAAACUGACAAACGAUGGGCAUGUGCUGGAUUCUGAAACGUACGUAGGAGGCCACGUAGAAGCACUUGAGUCGGGCGUGUUUCGCGCUGACAUCAGCACCCGCUUUCGACUGGAUCCAGAUAUGAUAAAACAGUUGCAAGAAAACGUGGACAAGGUGCUUGAACAUGCAAUUGUCACCGAGGAAGGUGUACCGUUAUCGGAAGUGACCAACUUUGAAGAAGUGAAAGCUGAAAUAUUGUCCGCGUUGCAGCAAUUGUACGAUAUUCCAACUCGCUUAGAACAGCCCGUUAUUUAUCAUCUAGAUGUGGGGGCAAUGUAUCCGAACAUCAUUCUCACAAAUCGGCUGCAACCAUCUUCAAUGGUAAACGAUGCGGAUUGUGCUGCGUGUGAUUUUAACAAACCUGGCGCACGUUGCAAGCGAGAUAUGGAAUGGUUAUGGCGUGGUGAAAUGCUUCCUGCAAGCCGCAAUGAAUUUCAGCGCAUUCAGCAGCAGCUAGAAACUGAAAAAUUUCCCCCACUUUUCCCAGGUGGUCCGCAACGCGCUUUUCACGAACUUUCACGAGAGGAUCAGGCAAAUUAUGAGAAAAAGCGCCUGUCAGAUUAUUGCCGCAAAGCGUACAAGAAAACAAAAGUAACGCGAUUGGAGACGCGAACAUCAACCAUAUGCCAAAAGGAAAACAGUUUCUACGUGGAUACGGUGCGAGCGUUUCGCGAUCGUCGAUAUGAAUACAAAGCUCUAACGAAGGUUGCCAAGGCAGCCGUCACGGCGGCAGUGAAGAGUGGCGAUGCUGGCGAAAUAAAAGCCGCAAAAGGACGUGAGGUAUUGUAUGACUCACUGCAGCUUGCACACAAGUGUAUUCUAAACUCAUUCUACGGAUAUGUAAUGCGCAAAGGUGCCCGUUGGCACAGUAUGCCAAUGGCAGGUAUUGUCUGUUUGACUGGCUCAAACAUCAUUACGAAAGCUCGAGAAAUCAUCGAACGCGUGGGAAGGCCACUUGAGCUGGACACCGAUGGCAUAUGGUGUAUCUUGCCGGCAUCAUUUCCGCAAGAAUUUACGAUCCGAACUAAUCAUCAGAAGAAGAAAACGAUCAAUGUUUCCUACCCGAAUGCCGUUCUUAAUACGAUGGUAAAGGAUCACUUUACGAACGAUCAGUACCACGUGCUGGAGCGACCACACACUGCCGAUGGUAAGCAAGCCGAAUAUUCUAUACGCUCGGAGAACUCCAUCUUUUUUGAAGUAGACGGGCCCUAUCUGGCAAUGGUGCUUCCUGCCGCCAAGGAGGAAGGUAAAAAAUUGAAAAAACGAUAUGCAGUAUUUAACUUUGACGGUUCAUUGGCCGAACUGAAGGGGUUUGAGGUGAAGCGACGAGGCGAGCUCCAGUUGAUAAAAAUAUUUCAAUCAUCCGUUUUUGAAGCAUUCUUGCAAGGGUCCACUCUGGAGCAGUGCUAUGCUUCUGUAGCCAAAAUCGCCGAUUAUUGGCUGGAUGUUUUGUACAGCAAAGGACACAAUAUGCCAGAUAGUGAACUUUUUGAACUGAUUUCCGAAAAUCGUUCAAUGUCACGUAAACUCGAGGAUUAUGGGGAACAGAAAUCAACGUCCAUUUCCACAGCGAAACGGUUGGCUGAAUUUUUGGGCGAUCAGAUGGUAAAAGAUGCAGGAUUGGCUUGCAAAUUUAUCAUUUCUCGCAAACCGGAAGGAGCACCCGUGACGGAGCGGGCAAUUCCUUUGGCAAUAUUUCAAUCGGAAAUAAGCGUUCGACGACAUUACUUACGGCGCUGGCUGAAAGACAACACCAUGGGUGAUGCAGAUAUACGCGAUGUUUUGGAUUGGAACUACUACAUCGAACGCUUGGGAGGAACGAUACAAAAAAUCAUCACAAUUCCAGCCGCAUUGCAGGGCCUGAAUAAUCCGGUACCGCGUGUGCAACAUCCCGAUUGGCUGCAUAAGAAAAUGUUAGACAAAAAUGAUACCUUGAAACAACGACGUAUAAGUGAAAUGUUUAGCAUCGCACCACCAAAACCGAACAGAGAGGUUACCGAUGUCGAAGAUUUAGUAAGGAAACAAACCAACGGAUCACUAGCGGGUGUUCCGAUCACCCACAAACGGCGCAGAGAAGGUUCUGAAGAACAAGACGAUUGCCCUCAAACCGAAGCGGAGCAACCGAUCCCAAAAACUUGGCGUGAAGCUUUAGGAGAACCUCCCUUGCCGGGGUCAAGUCGGGCUGAAUUGAUCGAUUGGCUACAAUUUCAUAAGCGGAAGUGGCGCUGGCAAUUAUCGCAGCGCAAUACACACCGGCGUGAUGUGCGCAAUAGCAAACGUAUCCGCACGACUAACGAUGAUAGCGUUAAUGUCGCGGUAUCAGCACGAACCGCAACAUUAGGUGGUUUUCUGCGCAAAACGCAACGUUCGCUGAUUGAACAGAGUUGGCAGAUAAUACAGCUUUUGCCGAUGGACGAUAUGGGUAACUUUACCGUUUGGGCUAUGGUAGGUGACGAGCUGCACAAAAUUCGGCUCACUGUUCCGCGAAUCUUCUACGUAAAUCAACGAACGCCGGCUCCCCCUGAGGAUGCCGGAGCAGCGGGAGGAUCCAAAACUAUGUGGAAAAAGGUUCAUCGAGUACUGCCUCGUGCACGGCCCGUUUAUCAUCUUUACCAAUACGUGGUGCCCGAGCAAGUAUUUCGCGACAAUCGUUUGGGUUUGCUGGCUGAUCUUGCGACGCCAGAUAUCGAAGGAAUAUACGAGACGCAGAUGACGCUAGAAUUUCGUGCCCUCAUGGAGCUAGGCUGCGUAUGUGCGGUUCAACGAUCGGAAGCAAGAGCAUUAGCAGCAAUGGCUACGAAAGAUCUCGAUGCUUUCAACAUCCAGCAGUUGGAGAUGCGCCCCGUCUCCUGUACACCGUAUCUCAAGAACUCCUUGAAUGGUCGCGUGAAUUUGCGCAAGAUAUUCCUCUACCAGCACGUGUCACCGACAGGAAAACGCGAGAUGUGGGGUCUAUUCUCGGCCGCCAGUAAGAAAGCUCUCGUGAUUGUUCUAGAUACGGUACGCACAAACCAACUGCCAACAGUAAAAAAUCUAUACACUUCCGAACGAAUAGCACUACUGACCGCCAGCGAUGAACAUGGGGAAGAUAUGCUUCCUCCGUCGGACAUGACGUUCGAAGUUUUUAUGGAAAUAGAUGCCAAGCAGGUGUAUCAGCGCGUAACGCGCGCGUUAUCGGCAUAUCGUGAUGAAAAACGUGGCCCAACGUUACUAUGCCUUCAAACGGCCCUUGGAUUGCACAAGUUAAAUCAGCAUUUGCCGAUUUGUUUAGAGUUCCCAGAGGUUUCCAUUCACAUAGCAGACGACGCGGCCCUGCUCUCUGGGCUCGAUUGGCAACGGCACGGUGCUCGGUCAAUGAUACGACACUUUCUUAAUUUAGGUCGCGUUCUUCAAAUGAUGCUAGAACAGUGCCUCUAUUUCCAGCUUCCGCUGGGCAACAUGCCUCCCGACACGGUGCUUUUCGGUGCGGAUUUGUUUUUCGCGCGGCUUCUACAUCGCCAUAAUUUUGUGUUAUGGUUUUCUGGCGGGGCCCGUCCCGACCUUGGAGGACGCGAAGCGGAUGACAGUCGAUUGUUAGCCGAGUUUGAAGACAACAUCUCGGUCGUACAGAAUCGAAGUGGUUUUUAUCGUUCAGUUUGCGUUGAACUAACCGUAGAAAGCUUAGCGGUAUCUGCCCUGCUCCAGGCUAGCAAGGUACAGGAACUGGAAGGCACUUCAUCCGCAAUUACAUUCGACGUAAUGCCCCAAGCAUCGUUAGAAGAAAUGAUCACUAGCGGACCAAACGGUCAGCAGCUUUCCAACUACGACGAAACAGCACUUUGCAGUCAGGCAUUCCGUGUGAUGCGGAUGAUGGUCAACACAUGGCUGCGCGAAGUUUCAAUCAACCGCAAUGUAUUUUCCGACUUUCAAAUCAUCCACUUUUACCGUUGGGUACGGUCCAGUCGCGCUCUGCUAUACGAUCCUGCUUUAAGACGCGCUCUCAAUACUAUUAUGCGGAAACUUUUCUUGCAAAUUGUAGCCGAGUUUAGACGCAUGAAAGCAACGAUCAUUUACGCGGAUUUUAAUCGUAUAGUGAUUGAUACAGGCAAGCGAACUGUUGGCGACGCGAUCAGCUACACGGACUAUAUAGUGCAAAACAUUCGCAACCGCGAACUCUUCCACAGCGUUUCGCUGUCGUUUCAGCAAGCGUGGGAAUUUCUAUUGUGGAACGAUCCAACAAACUACGGCGGGGUGAGAGGUAACCUACCGAAGGAAGCGAUUGACUCCAACGAACCGAAUACGUUAACAUCGCAGGAUGAAUUGGACGAAGAAGAGCUGGCGCUCGAAAUGAACUGGAGUAUUUCCGAGCAGCUGCCCGAGGAAAGAAGAUGUCGGGCGAAUUUUGAAAGCUUUGUUGUGUCUUUCCUCCAAACAAUGGCCGAAGGUGUCUCGCCCGAAAGUGCACUGCAAAAGCUAGCCUGCAUUGCCUACGGAAUGGUACAAAAAAUGCACGAUGGAUCCGCACGUGGCGCCAACGGCCCGGCAUUGGAGUUUAUAAAGGCGAUAACUAAAGCGCUAGCCGCAUGCAAAGAAGCUGAAGAUCAACUAACAACUAUGCGUCGCAACAUGUUACUUCUCGUAGGCAUUGGUGACUUCAGCGACAAGGCCGUGUGGAAAGAGUCGAGAAAAUCCUUCAUUCUUACCGAGGUCAUCUGUCAGGCAUGCAAUCACUGCCGGGAUCUAGAUCUCUGCAAGGACACACACCGAGCUUUAAAAGACGGUGAAUUGCCUGUUUGGUUGUGUGCACAGUGCAACGUGGAUUAUGAUAACGUCGAAAUCGAAAUGCGGCUCCUGGACGUGGUACAGCGGAAGCUUAUGUCAUACACGCUACAGGAUUUACGGUGCAUCAAGUGCAAGCAAAUCAAACGGGAAAACCUUUCUCAGUACUGCACGUGCACGGGAUGUUUUGAAAAUCUCAUCUCUACAUCGGAGUUACGUCGCCUGCUGCAAACGUUCUACACGCUUGCCAAAGACUAUCGCAUGAGUGUUCUUGAGGAAACCGUUCAACACCUACUGGAAACGUAAGCAGUUUCAGCUCUUCAUUAGUAUAGACUAUAAAAUGGAGCAGAGAAAGGGUUUUUUUUUUGUAUAAUGCUCUAUGCGCUGCGAUAAUGUUUCUCUUUUUUCGGCAAAUAAAUAUCAACGAAACGUAA